AUGUGGAGAAAGUUGGAGGCCCACUACGAUGACGCAAGUGCAAGUGUUCAAGCGGCACUGGCUGGUUUACAACGGCUAAAACAUGUGGAGAGUGAAGAUUACAGAGCCUUAAUAGAACUAGUGGAUGAAGUAGAAGCUGCUUACUGUCAGCUUCAGGAACUUAACCAUCUAAGCAUUCUAACAAUGAGAGAUGUUGACCAUAUUACCGAAUUUUUACCAAGCCAUGUCAGAGUUGAGUGGAUUCGCAAGUACCAAGAUAUGUCAUCUGCUGAGAAGGUAAACCCUUUCCCACAUUUUAUGAAAUUCAUGGAACGUGAACGUGAAGCUGUAGCCAGGUUAGCUGAGAAUCAACCUGCAAAGAAAAGAUUACCGAGGUUUGAGAGAUCGAGAGUAAAAGGACAGCAAUAUCAGAUCAAUGCUGCCAGCCGAUGAGGGAAGUUCUACAAGUGUGCUUUUCCUGCGCACAGAAAGGACAACACUAACCACAAAACCUGUGAGUGCAAUGAAUUCAGUGCAAUGAAUUCAAGUGUCCGGUAAACAAGGAAGAUAUGAACUCUUGAAACAAGUAAAUGCCUGCUUCAAGUGCUUUGGCAACCACAAGAGACAAGACUGCCCCAAGACUGAUCCCUGUUCAUCCUGUGGAAGCAAGUCACAUCACCAACUACUGUGCAAGACAAAGAGUCCCCCAAAUAUCCCACCAGAACAACCGGAAGUACGGGACGACAACCGUGAAGGGAAAGAAAGCAAUGUGGUUCAAAGCGACACCCUAGCCCUUUAUCCUAUUUACCAAACCACCGUAGUCGAAAGCGGUAAGUCUGUGAGUGUCUUCUGCGAUGGAGGGUCAAAUUCAAGCUACAUUACUCAUCGUGCAGCAGAUAAGAUCGGGGCCAAAGUUGUACGAAAGUUAACCCUCGACGUAACUACUAUGGGCAACGUUGAAAAAACCUAUAGCACGCGCGAGUACCAAUUUACAGUGAGAACUCGUACCGGUAGAAAGGUUACCGUUAACGCAUUUGGCAUGGAAAGAAUAACGGGCCCAGUGAGCAAGCUUAACCCAGAUGUAUUGGUCCAAUUGUUUCCCGAUCACGACCCAGAGUCCCUUCAAAGGAAGUCUAAACAUAUUGAUGUGUUACUCGGGUGUGACUACUUCGGACUUCACCCAAAGAAUGAGGAAGCGCGGUGUGGCGCGAACCUUAGCAUAAAGAGCGGCGAAUUGGGAAUUUGCCUACAAGGAACACACCCAGAUCUUAGAGAAGAAACGUACCACGACGCGAACCUGGCAAGAACAAUCCACGAUGUUCGACACAAGGCUGAAACGUAUUUUGCCAGCCUUGGAACUCAUCCUGAAUUCACUCGUCAAGGAUUAUCGCCCGAAAGCUUGAACGAGAACACCGAAGUUUACCAUUGUAUGUCCAAUGCCACCAAGUCCAAGGGUGACCGAGGAGCGGACAAUCAGAUAGAGAAUUUUAUCCGAAGCGAAGAAUUGGGUACGGAAACGUCUCCUCGCUGCGGUGGUUGCCAUUGCAACAAAUGUCCAAGUGUUGGACAUACGUAUUCCUUCAAGGAGGAACAAGAGCUGAAAAUGAUUCAAGACAACUUGGAAUACGAUGAGCAGAAUCAUUGUUGGAGAACGGGUUACCCCUGGUUAGUUGACCCAAAUAGCCUUCCUGACAACUACAGUGCAAAGUACUGUGACUUGGCUACACUGCGAAGUACCGAACAAACUUUAUCUCGAGACAGUAAAUGGGCUGAGACGUAUAAAGACCAAAUGAAAGAUAUGGAGGAUCGUCAAGUCGCCCGCAAGUUAACGCCACAAGAGCUGAAAGAAUGGAGAGGACCGGUAUUCUACAUCGCACACCUGGCUGUGGUCAACCCUCGUUUGAAUUCGACACCAGUACGAAUUGUCUUCAACUCGAGCCAAAGUCACCGCGGAGUAUCCCUGA